AUGUAUGAUACGUUGGUGGUCGGGGAUUUCGGGAACGUUGCAACCAAGAGAGCAGGUAUACAUCGCCAAUCGUACGAGUCGGAACCAUGUGUUGGUGGAUGGGAAGACGAAGCCGGGGAUGAAGGUUCCGAGAGGAUAAGAAUCUCGUCAUGGAACCAUCCAGUUGUGGCCAUUAGGAAGGAGGAUGCCUGCAGAACGAGGCCGACCAGUAAGGCGGAUGAUGUUUUCUGGGGAGUCUAG